AUGAAGGAGAGUGACACACAAAAAGCAGCAUGGAGUACUAAUGAAGAAGAUGUGCUGAUAGAUGAAGUUUUGAGAGUGAGUGCAGGAAAAUGCGACUUUAUGGAUACGGAUAGCUCUAUUUCGAUUCUGGAUAUUCCUAGUGUAAUUGGGACUUGCAUGAAUGACGACAAGAAGCAGAGUGAUAUGACUAUGAAUGGAAAUGCAUCUGGAGACUUCACUUGGCCAGAACAUUACUUUGUGUUUUGUGGGCUUCUUAUAGGAUUUGUGGAUAGAACUGAAGAAGUGAAACUAAGGUACAGUAUAACACAUGAGAGAGUUAUGAAAGUGAUUAGAUGUGAUGAUGAAACUGAGGAAUGUGUUGUCGGUGUUGUUGAAUUUGAAAGCGACUCUUUUGAAAGUUCAAUAUACAAGAUGUCGAUUGUGAUCAAUAGAAAUAAAUGCAGAGUAAAGUGCAAAGCAAAAGAAGACAGAGAAUACAGAGAAGCUUUGAAGAAUGGUACAAGGUAUGUGAGACAAAGCUCUGUUUACAGUGAGCAGAUGAGGAAGCUGUAUCAUUCACAGAUUACAAAUGGACAGAACUACAUAUUUGUAGAUGGAUCUUACGACAUGACUGAUUCAUUGAGAGGCAUCAUGAGUCAUCUGAGCAGCAAAAAGACGUAUGUCCCAAAAACUAAGAGUUUUGGAAUGGCACAGAAGACAAUGCAUCUACAGAAUCUACUUCAGCACAUACCUGGAAUAGGUAAGAAUGCAUCAAGGUGUAUAUCAAAACAAUACAAGAGUAUAACUGGAUUGCUGUCGUUCAUAAAGAGAGAUCAUGGCAAUAAAUUGAAGGAGCUUCAGGUAUGGGAUGAGGAAAAUAAGAACUUCAGGUUGCUGGGUGAGAAGCAAUCCAUCAAUAUCCGAAAUGCAUUUCUUGCGAAUAUACAAGCCAUAGACAAGCACAGUAAUUUGAUGCAAGUAGAGAUCGAUGGCCAAGAGAUGGAUAAUAAAUAG